AUGGACGAAGGAAAAUCUACUUGGAGCGAGGAAUUCGGCUUUGUCAAUUUUUCGCUGGGUUACCAGAAUUCUGGACGAAGCCGAAAAUAUCAGAUUUUGGAGAGUGGAAAAUUGGAUAUUGGCAACGGCGCAAGCUUCUCUUCAUUCAACCGGAUCGGCGAAAAGCAAGAAUCAAAGAAUCCGUGGCUGAGAAUGUUUGAGGAUCCGGUAGACGCACUCUUCUGGGCAUUACCCGUAUAUAACCCCCAUGUUCCAAGAUUAUGUGCUCAGAGAGACACAUGCCAAGUGUUUGCCAAACCUAGUCGCUUUGCCGUGUUUCAGUAUCAAAUUCCGGAUUCACGUCCAUCCCCAUAA